UCCAGCGAUCUAUGAUAUACCUCGCGACACUCCUACGUGUCCAGAUCCAUCAAUAAAGGCGCAUCGCGGUUCUAAAUCAUUCUAAAUCACCCUGCCACAGGGAGAGCGCUUGGCAGGCCUCGCAGGGUUACGCCCACCAGAGCGCACCACUGAUGACGAAUUUGGACCAGUAGGCUUGACCUAUGGCGGCUCUCCUCGCGCGAGGCGCGCGUGUGCUGACGCGCCCGCACCGCGCCCUGCAGCUCCCCAUUCGGCAGCUCUCAGACUCAGGUGGCUGGCCGCGCAUCGACGCGGCCUCCGUCGUGGACGACGCCACCGCCGCGGCCUUCCGACGGGACGGCGCCGUCAAGCUCGAGGGGCUCGCGAGCCCGCGCUGGGUCGAGGCGCUCCGCGCGGCGGCCGAGAAAAACCUCGCGGAUCCUGGUCCAUUGUGCGACGAGCACGCGCAAGCGGCCGGCACGGGCGGCCGCUUCCACGACGACCAGUUCCUGUGGACGCGGCACGACACGUUUCGGGAAUGGGUACAGGAAUCAGGUGUCGCGGCCGUCGCGGCGCGGGCGAUGGGCUCGGAAACCGCCCACAUCUUCUACGACCAGUUGUUCGUCAAGGAGCCGGGCACCGUCGCGCCGACGCCGUGGCACAACGACACGAGCUACUGGCACCUGCGCGGCGACAUGAUAUGCAGUGUCUGGGUGGCGCUCGACGACGUGCCGGCGGAGCGCGGGCUGGGCUACGUGCGCGGCAGCCACCGCUCGAAGCUGGUGCACCGCGUCACGAACUUCUCGGGCGACGACCACUCGGACAGAAAUACUUAUGAUGGUGCUGCGGAACUGCCGCCCGUACCCGAGGUGACCGACGACGACGAGGUCCUGCGCUGGGACAUGGCGCCGGGCGACGCAUUGCUGUUUAAUUCCUACGCCUUACACGGCGCCCCGGGGAACCCGUCGACGACGUCCGCUCGCCGGCGCGGUUACGCGACGCGGUGGUGCGGCGACGACGUGCGCUAUGAGGAGCGUCCGGGCACGAUGAACGCCGGCUGGGUCGCCGCGGGCUUCGAUAAUGGCUUAGUGAACGGGGCGCCGAUCGCGUGCGCCUUGCAUCCGGACUGCGCGCGCCCGCGCAAGCAUGCGCAGGCUCCGCGCUCUCGGAAGUUCUCCACGGCUGCACGCAGUUUCAGCACCGCGACCUGGUGUGCCGACCGCCAAGCCAAGGCGGCCGUGGAUAUAGAGGCGGCCGGCAAAACGUUAGGCUUGGAGUUCUACGAGUUUAGUUUUGUAGACGUCUUCGGCGCGCAGCGGUCCAAGCUCGUGCCGGCGUCGCGCGUCACGGAGAUGGCGACGGACGGCGCCGGCUUCGCGGGCUUUGCGGCGUGGUUAGAUCAGGACCCGAGUUCGGGAGACGUGCUGGCCAUGCCCGACGCCUCUACAUUAACACAACUCCCGUGGAACCCGCGGGUCGGCUAUCUCGCCUGCGACUUGGUGUGGCAGGGCGACUACCUCGACCACGCGCCGCGCAACGCGCUGCGGGCGAUGUUGCGAAAGCUCGGAGAUCGUGGUUUGACUAUGAAGACCGGCGUCGAGUGCGAGUUUUUUCUAUUGGACCCGGCGACGGGCGCGGUCGCCGACGCCCUCGACGCGUCGAGCAAGCCGUGCUACGACGCCAUGAGUCUUAUGCGGCGCUUCGACAUAAUUUCGGAGGUCAUGACCGCCAUGGAAGCGCUGGGCUGGGGCCCGUACCAGGCCGACCACGAAGACGCCAACGGCCAGUUCGAGAUCAAUUGGGACUUCGAUGACGCCCUCGUCACGGCGGACAGACACGUUUUGUUCAAGUAUCUUGUCAAGAGCGUCGCGCAGCGGCACGGGCUGCGGGCGACGUUCAUGCCCAAGCCCUUCCAGGCCACGACGGGCUCGGGGUGCCACGCUCAUGUCAGUCUGCACGACGAGACGGGGAAGAACGUCUGCGCCGAUUCGAGCGGCACGCUCGGCCUCUCGACGACGGCGCGGCACUUCGUCGCCGGCGUCCUCGACGAGGCCUCCGCGCUGUGCGCCCUCACGAACCCGACGGUCAAUUCCUACAAGCGCCUGAACGCUUCUGGAACCAAUUCCGGCUCGACGUGGUCGCCCGCCGCGGCGACGUGGAGCGGGAACAACCGGUCCGCGCUCGUCCGCGUGCCUGAUCAAAAGCGAUUUGAGGUAAGACUGGCCGAUUCCGCCGCGAACCCAUACUUGCUUCCCGCGGCGCUCGCCGCGGCGGGCCUCGAGGGCCUCGAGGCGGGCGCGGAGCCGCCGGCGCCGGCCGUCGGAAACCUCUACGAGGACGCGCCGGCGACGGCGAAGUGCCUGCCCCGGCACCUCUCGACGGCGCUCGCGGCGCUGAAUUUGUCGGAGGGCCUGCGGCGCCAGCUCGGCGACGGUUUUGUUGAUAGCUACGUGAAGCUGCGCAAGGCGCACCUGGCAGAGUUCUCGCGGCAGGUGAGCCCCUGGGAGCGCGAGCAGUACCUCGACGCCUAGUCUGUAUAUAGUUUUGGACAUAGUA